AUGCCUCUUGUCAAUGAUAAAAUGAAUGCUAAGCAAUACGUUCAAAAUCGUGAAUCUGUCACACAUCAUGGCCGCGCAGAGAAUCGAUCAUUGACACCACAGCCCAAUUCCAGCCGCGACAGGUCGCAGCAGCGACAAGAUGAGGCCCGCCGCAAAUUGCAGCAAGCAAGUCAUGGCAAGGGAAAUAGUGAAGCCAUAAGUCGCCGAGACGCUGCGCAGUUGAAGUUGGACGUUCCGAAUACCUUGACGAUCUCGAGUUCCAAGCACGCGCAGCCAGCUGAUCACGGUGUUCUUCAAGAGCCAGCAGUGGCUCCGCCCAGUAUAUUCUCUCGUCCUGGUCCCAGUGUUGAACAUCGGCACAAUGCGUUUGACGAUACCCAAAGCAUCCACCUUGAUGAUACAAUGAGCGUGGUCGAAGAGAAGCCUCCUCGGCUCUCGAAACCUUCAUUCAGCUUCCAUCACGGUAGGGAUAUGCCACCGAUCUGGACCGACGAACCUCCUAUCCCUCCUCCUACCCAUCAUUUUGAAGGCUCAAAAUUACUCUUUGGAGAACGUGACAAGACUUCCGGGCUCCCCGCAGAUUGGCAAGCUCGGGCAGAUGCGGAAAGACUUAGACAUGGUUUUGAGGCAAAGCACAGCGCAAGGUUCGGUCACCACAUCGGCCAAGCAAAGCAUGGCAAAGACGACCACGAGGAAGGGUCCGAUCAAGAUGGCGAUAUCGAAGAAGGAACAUCCAUUGUUGAGAAUACACCUUCACGCACGCGAAUGGGCCCCGAGGCUAAGGUUACGUCAAAGCAUGGCAAGGAGAAGAAGCUGAAAAAGGGCCAUAGGCCUGAAGAGCGCGCGAGUCACCCUACAUUAAAGCAUAGGAAGUCUCUCAGCGACAUUGCGCCCGCAGUCGUGGUCGAGCCAUCAAGCCGGCAACAGAUCAAUCGCUUCAACGUCUACAAGUCACUUGAGACAGAGCCUGAGAUGGUACUGGCGGACAACCUUCGUCAAACUAUCCAAAUCCCUCAGCCAAAUUCAUCACUUGUGCACCCGCCGGCCUUCUCUUCCAAGAUGUCUUCGCUUCACGAAUCGUCCUCGGACGAAGAGCAACUUCAGGCGGCAAACGCCUCAAACACUGUGCCACUGGCCAUCAAACGUCACCGCUCGGAACUUGACCUGGAUUUCGACCCCGACGUCCUCAAAACCAAGACCAUGGCGGACCUCGACGCCAUUCCAUUCACCGCCGACCCACGGUGGUCGGCACCGGAGCCCGCCCUCGAUGCCAACGGUACGCCACUGAGCCUGUCCGCCAAACUCACGAACCUGACCAAGAUCCGGUCCGAGGACCAACGCAACCUGUUUAAGUCCCUCAACGACGCCGAACGCGAGCAGACUGCAGAGUGGUUCGUGGAAAAAUUUAAGGCGGACAUGCAGAGGCUGAUGGCCGUGCGGCUGGAGAGGAGGAAAAUCGCCCUCAAGUACGAGCUCGAGGUGCGGAAGAGGGAGAAGGAGGUCGAGCUCAAGACGGGGGAUGUGGACCAGGAAUUGGCUGGGCUCAAGAAGGGCGGCGGAGAGCUGAUUAGAGGGAAAUCGCCGGCGAAAUGA